AUGAACACAUCGCCACCUUCCGCGGGAGUGGCUGGAAGUGGGUCAGAUUCCCAACUUCAACCGCAGAACACAACACCUGGACCCCAAGAACAGGACGAGUAUUAUCCUCUUGCAGUUUUGGUUGAGGAGCUACGCAACGAGGAUGUACGUUUACGUCUAAACAGCAUCCAAAAGCUAUCGACCAUCGCCCUUGCACUGGGUUACGAGAAGACACGAACCCAACUCAUUCCCUUCAUCACGGACUCCAUAUUUGACGUGGAAGACGUAAUGGUUGUCAUCGCCGAAAAGUUAGGCAGCUUCGUCCCUUAUGUUGGUGGUAUUGCCUACGCUCCCUGCCUUAUCAACCCCCUUGAAAGUCUCGCCCUUGUGGAAGACGCAAGCGUGCGAGAAAAGGCUGUGCAGUCGCUCCGCCACCUGGCACGCGAACAUUCCGAUAAGGAUCUGCAGGAGCAGAUAUUCCCCCUCGUCCGUCGAUUGGCUACCGGUGACUGGUACAGUAGUCGGGCCUCUGCUUGCGGCCUGUUCGCUGUCGUGUAUGGUCGCCUGGACUCUUCAUCUCGACAGGUUAUACUCUCACUAGCCCAAACACUUGCUUCAGAUGACGCGCCAAUGGUUAGACGUGCGCUGGCAGCCGUCCUCGGGGAGUUGGCACUGGCUAUGGUGGGCGUCGCGCCUGAAUCAGACGCCGCGGCCGCCCCCUCUCUGGUUGACAACGCUGGUGGUGGAUCCAUGAGUGCUGAUCAAGAAGUGGGAGGUGAAUGUAUGCCGGAGCGUUUGGCGAACCCACAGAACGAAGGUGACUCGGUUUCCAGCAUAGAAGCCGUGGACUCGCCUGCUCUCACGCCGAUUGAGGAGACACCUGAGGUGGCGGAAGCUCGCGGACAGAUUGUCGCCUCCUUGAUGCCCCUCUACAACGUCCUGGCCUACGAGGACGAACAGGAGUCAGUGCGCAUCGCCGCCCUCGAAGCCACAGUACCCAUCGCCCGCGCACUUGGACCUGUCCUCGCCGAACAGCAAAUUAUUCCAGGACUUCAAAAGGUCGCCGACUUCAAGUCUUGGCGCUCGCGGUGUCUCCUAGCAAGGAAACUCACUCUCCUACAAACCGUUUUGGGUUCUCGGAUCACGAAAAACUACCUUAUUGAUAUCUUCCUCUCCCUGCUGGCCGACGACAUCGUGGAGGUUCGAUCGGCCACAGCUUGCCAGAUCACGAGCUUCACCAGUGGUCUUUUGAACGGUCAACCGAUCUCUUCGGGGCCGGAAAAAAUGGACGUGGUAACGACCUCGGCGAAUGAGGGCAGUGAGGGUGAGGUGGAGGACCCUUCAACGCCCAAAGCUCUCGGAGACGCGGAGGCCUUCAUCGUGCAGCGCCUGCUGCCAGCGAUCUCCGACCUCAACUCCGACUCCAACGUUCACGUCAAGUCAAAACUUGGUCUUGCUGUUCUCGGAUUGGCUCCUCUUCUGGGUCGCGAGUUAACUGUCACCCACUUGCUGCCCAUCAUCCUUGCCCAGCUCAAGGACGAAUCGCCUGAUACGGUGAACAAUGUGAUCGGUGUGGACCACGUCUCCUCCAGUCUCCUGCCCGCCAUAGUUGAGUUGGCCAAAGUCCCUGUCUGGCGAAUCCGGCUGGCCGUGAUCAACCAGAUGCCACUGAUCGCCGACCAGCUGGGCCAGUCGUUCUUCGAGGAGGGUCUGAUGCAGCACUUCCUCGGCUGGCUCGCCGACGCCGCCUACGCCGUGCGCGAGGCCGCCGUGGUCAACCUCACCCGACUCACGGAGAAAUUCGGCCCCACCUGGGCGAGAACCUUCUUCCUCUCCGAGAUAACGCAGCUGUCGCACAACGAGAACUACCUACAGCGGAUGAUUAGUUUGCAGUGCAUUAUGAGUCUUAGUCCCAUCAUCGAUGCUGAAACCUGCUCGGAACUCCUCCUCCCAACCGCCCUCAAGAUGGACCACGAUCGAGUACCAAACGUCCGAUUCAAGGUGGCACAGGCAUUGGCGAAGGUGGGAUCAGUUGUCGGUCCAAAAGAGGUCAUGCCCUGCUUGCUACAUCUCCUUGAAGAUCCCGAUACUGAUGUUAGAUUCUACGCAGCCGAGUCAAUUGAUUUCCUCAAGAGGGGAGGACAGGAAGAAUCAUCUAGCGCUACCAAGAUGGACACAGAAGGUGAUACGAUCCCAGCCACUGCAUAA